AGUGCCGGCUUUCCGAGGAGGAGGAGGUACGUGGAGAACCCCAGCCUCCUGGCCUGUUACGCGGAUGUCCUGCAGCUGGAGUUUGGAGAGGUGCGGUCACAGCAACUCAGGGCUUGUAAUUCAGUGUUCACUGCACUAGAAAGCCAAGACGCCAUUCAAAUCACGAGUGAAGACAACUACAUACAGUAUGUAAAUCCAGCAUUUGAAACAACAGUGGGCUUUGAGUCGGGUGAAUUAUUAGGGAAGGAGUUAGCAAAAAUGCCUCUAAAUGAGAAAAAGGCUGACUUGUUCAGUACUAUAAAUUCAUGCAUGAAGAUGGGCAAGGAGUGGCAAGGCGUUUACCACGCCAAAAACGGAGAUAAUGUACCACAAGAUGUGAAGAUAAUACCUGUCAUUGGACAGGGAGGAAAAAUUAGACACUAUGUGUCCAUCAUCCGAGUGAACAGCGGCAACAGUAAGGCUGAGAAGAUCACGGAAUCUGUUCAUUCUGACACUCCCACAGAUAAUCCAUCAGGUAAACAUAAAGACAAGAGGAAAAGCUCCCUGGACGUCAGGACUGUUGCCUCAGGAGCAAGCGAAGUGGCCAGCCAGAGGCGACACCCCUCCAUGGCCCUCCACUCCAUGACCAUCGAGGCGCCCAUCACCAAGGUGAUCAAUAUCAUCAAUGCUGCCCAGGAGAACAGUUCCAUGCCUGUGUCGGAAGCCUUAGACCGCGUCCUGGAAAUUCUGAGAACCUCGGAGCUGUAUUCACCACAGUUCGGGGCGAAGGAAGAGGAUCCUCACACCAAGGACCUCAUUGGGGGCCUGAUUUCUGACGGUUUUCGAAGACUAUCUGGGAAUGUUACCCUCUCAGCAAAAAACCUGCAUCAAGUUUCGGGCAGCUUACUCGCCUCAGAGUCCCUUCCCGAUAUCCCACCGCGGAUAGCUGGGGCCAUGGAAAACGAUGACAACUGGGACUGUAAUGUCUUUGAACUGGAGACUGCCACUCAGAAAAGGCCUUUGACUUUUCUUGGUCUCAAAAUCUUGGCUCGCUUUGGGGUCUGUGAAUUCUUGAAGUGCUCAGAGACGACGCUGCGGCUGUGGCUGCAGACUAUUGAGGCCAACUACCACUCCUCCAACCCCUACCACAACUCCACCCACACGGCCGACGUGCUGCACGCCACUGCCUGCUUCCUCUGCCAGGAGAGGAUCAAGCAAGCAUUAGACUCAGUGGAUGAGGCCGCUGCCCUCAUCGCAGCCGCCAUCCACGACUUGGACCACCCGGGGAGGACCAACCUCUUCCUGUGCGACGCGGGCAGCGCGCUGGCCGUGCUGUACAACGACUGUGCCGUGUUGGAGAGCCACCACGCGGCCCUGGCCUUCCAGCUGACCGCCAGGGAGGGCAAGAGCAACAUCUUCAAGAACGUGGAGAGGAAUGACUACAGGAUGCUGUGCCAGGCCAUCAUCGACAUGGUCUUGGCCACAGAGAUGACCAGGCACUUCGAGCACAUCAAUAAGUUUGUCAACAGCGUCGUCAAGCCCUUGGCAGAGCUGGAGGAAAGCGAGGGGAGUGAGCCAAACCCUCGUGACGUAGACACGAUGCUCCUGUCUCCAGAGAACCGGACUCUGAUCAAGCAGAUGAUGAUCAAGUGGAUGACGUUCAAGUGCGCGGACGUGUCCAACCCCUGCCGGCCCUUGAAGCAGUGCAUCGAGUGGGCUGCACGCAUCUCGGAGGAGUAUUUUUCUCAGACCGAAGAAGAAAGAAUGGACUUACCUGUGGUGAUGCCAGCUUUUGACCGAAACACCUGCAGCAUCCCCAAGUCCCAGAUCUCCUUCAUCGACUACUUCGUCACAGACACGUACAGUGCUUGGGACGACUUUGUAGACCUACAGGAGUUACUGCAGCAUCUGGACAACAAUUUUAAAUACUGGAAAGGACUCGACGAAAUGAAGCUGCGGGGCGUCCAACCACCUCUGGAACCAAAAUAGAGAAGGCUCCUUCUGUCUGAAACUGGACCUCUGACACUGCUCUACUCGCCUGAUGUACUCUGCCAGUGAUUCUACAAAUUAAAAGAAGUGAGGACUGAACACUUUUUCAUAAAAUUUUAUUAAUGACUUUUCCCAGAAGUUUGCCUUAUUUUGUAGUGUUUAUACCAAAUAUUGUCAUAGAAACAUAGCAGAGUAUUUACUAAAUUGACUUUUUAAAACCAAUCUGUUUUUAUUUUCAUAGGUAAUUUUUAAUUCUAGAUAUUUAUAAAGGUCCUGUAUCUUCACACUUUCAAUAAAUGUAGUACCAUAAAAAAUGAUGACAUAUCAAAGUACUUAUUUCAUUUUAAACUUACAUUGCUUUCCCAAGAAAAGUAAAAAAAAAAAAAAAGAAUUUAAUCUUCUAAUAACUAUCAACUAAUACAUCUUAAAAGUUAAAUACAAGUCACUUGUAAAGCUGUGUGGGCUUACUGUAUAUUUGGGUUUCAGGAAACACACUGAGGAAAUACUACAGCCCUGCAGUAAAACACACAAUCACAAAGGCUCCUGCCAGGACAAGGGAACCACCAUCCACACACCUGAACUCUCUCUCACACACACACAGGGUGACGUGACACAAACUCUGUCACUGGGGCAUACAUGCGGGCACACCCAGACACAGACAGACAAACUCAGACACACAGCCAGGCCCUCUGCAACACCCAUGUGACAGCUCUUACCUACUCCGGAGGAGCCAACACCAUUUACUUCUCUCUCCUCCUGGAGUCGGGACAUGACACUUCCUGAACCUCAACAGUGCAGCCAUCUCUCCAUCAGAACCACAGGAGGCAAACCUGAGCAAGAAGUGCCAGGGGCCCAGUGUGGCUGGGAUGCUGAUGUUCCAGCCCCACCCCUGCAGCUUUCGGAUUCUUCUAGAAAUGCACUCAUCACUUUGACCCUCUGUCACUCAGUGAGGACAGCGAACGUGUCCUGCCCCGAGCCCACCUCAGCCUGCUGGUCUCGUGUGCUGGCUCCGUCUGCCCUGAGCGGCCCCGAGGUCCUCCCGGAGACAGCGGGCGGCCCCUUCUGAAGCUCGGCCCACAGAGGCGGUGCCCGCAGGACCCAGGGGAAGAGCUGAGCUUCCAUUUUCCCUGUGCAGCCUCUUCCCCGAGUCUCUGCCCCACUGACCUGCCCUGCAAACUUCCAAUAAGGCUGAGCCCUAGGUAUCUCUGGAGCAUUUCUUAAAAGGCUGCUGGGUGUCUGCGGAGACUCUGAGAUCUCCAUUUCCCACAGGCCCCUGGG